AUGGAUUGCAUUAGCCGGUACGUUGUUGAUGAAGAGGACGUAGCGUUUGAGUACGAGUUACAGAGGACUCCUCUGAGUAUAGUUACGUGGAAAAGGUAUCUGGAAAAAUGGGAAACUCAAAGGAGGCCAUUAUCACAUCUAGUGUGGCUAUACGAACGAUUUUGCCGACAGUUUGCUGAUCAAGAGGAUAUCUGGUGUAAUUACCUGCGAUGGAUUGUAAAUCAACGACAAUUUGACACCUUGACUGUUUACCGAAGGUUUAUUCAGAUCCUUGAGGGUUUCUCUACUGGAUGCGAAGAGCUGUGCAUGUUAAUGAUGGAGUUUGCCACUUCUGAAUACCAGUUAGAGAUGAUACGCCACAUCUUAGACGUUUCUCUGAGAAAAUUGGGAGUAGAGUCUCAUUGGAAAAUUUGGGAAAUGAUCUUUAAGUUCUUGGAGGAGAAAAUGCUACCAUUGACAGAAUUUGGUGAUAGUCAAGAUGAAUAUCAAGAUGAGCAGGAACAAAUGGAGGCUUUGAUUUACAAGAGUUUGUUUGGUGAAGAAGAGGAGCAGGAUACACCUGAUCUGUGGUCGUCGAACAUUUUGCAAAGGUACAUCAAAAUAGCACCAAACUGGAAUUUGCAAGAUUCUUUACAAAAAUUGGCAUCUACUAGAGAUUAUAAUGCUGUGCAUAAUUUUUAUCAACGAUAUUUAAAUCACGGUAAUGAAUUAAAAGCUACAUUGGAAAUACCGUUUCCAUUGCAAUUGAAUUACUUGGAAGCACUAGACCGUUUACAACUGGAUGAAAAAUACCAAUCAUUUUUGCAGCAAUUACAAACACUCUUCCCCGGUAAAUCAGUAGAUUUUUCGAUAAUGUGGGCAAAGCAUGAAAUUAAAAGAUCUCGUUUUCACCAUGUAACUGAAAUUUUGGAAAAUGCGAUGUCAUCAACUUUGGACCUUAAAAGUUUCACUACGAUCUACGAAUUUGAAUCAUUAUUCGAAAGAUUGUAUUUGGAAAAUGUAGUUGAGGAGUUGAAAUCUAAUCCAGAUUUGCAAAAAGAUGCUCUGGAGAAAUUUGAAUUAAGCGCUCACCUAUCUCGUCUGCAAAACCUUAUAGAGACUCAUUCAUUAAGGCUUAACGACUUAAGAUUAAGGCAAAAUCCGAAUUCUGUAGAAACUUGGCGUCAUAGAGCUACACUCUUCCAAACCAUUAAAGACAAAUGCAAUGUUUAUGCAGAAGCCAUUUUGGCAAUUGAUGCAUCAAAAGUUUUCGUACCAGGUUCAUUAGCAACUAUUUGGUGUGAACAUGCCGCGUUGUAUUGGAACGCAAAAGCUUUCGAUACUGCUAAAGAAAUAUGGGAUAGAGCAUUAAGAGUUCCAUUCCCUCAUUUAAAAGAUUUAGAGACUAUUUGGAUUUCCUGGACAGAGCACGAAUUAGCUGAAAAUGGAAUUAAGAAAGGUUUGGAAAUCCUCGAGACCGCACUAAAAGUGCCUGAUGCUCCGGAAAAGAUUCUGGAAAAAUAUAAGAAAAGCGGUAAAAGGGUACCCGCUCAAGCCAUUAUAUUCACCUCAUUAGCACUUUGGUCAUUCUACCUUGACUUACAAGAAGCAUCGAGUAUAGGUCAGUCAGAUCAGGUUGAAAAGACGAUUUCGAUAUACGAAACAAUGAUUUACCUGAAAGUGGCCACACCAAUGCAUUUCAUUCAAUAUGCACAUUUUUUACAGGAUUACACCAACGAUAAGAUAAAAGGUUUCCAAGUAUACGAGCGUGCACUUUCCUUCUUUCCCAGAGAGACUCAAUACGAAAUUUGGAGCGUUUACCUGAGGGAGGCCACUGAUCCUAAUGCGCAACUCUCUACAGAAAGUGUACGUGAUUUGUUUGAUCAUGCAUUGGAGGCUUUAGUCCCCAGCGGAAUUGAUUGCUGGCCAAUCUUUAUUCUUUAUAGCGACUUCGAAGAGAAAAACGGGUUAGCCAAGAGAAGUGUAGAUAUUCUACUGAAAGGUUGCCGUACCAGAAGUCGUGAUUCAACCUUUUGGGAAAAAUGUGUUUCUAAGGCACAACGUCUUUUAGGUGGUGAAGCCGCCAGGCCUUAUUACGAAGAAUGUCUACAGAGUAUACCGAAUUCCAAAGUCAUUCCCCAAGCGCUUGCGUUUGCCGAAAUGGAGACUCAAUUAGGUGAAUUGAACAGAGCAAGAGAAAUUUUAAAAUAUGGUGCUCAAUUGUUUCACCCAUCCAAAAACGUCGAAUUAUGGGAAUUUUGGGAAGAAUUCGAAUUACAAAAUGGUGAUAAGGAAUCUUAUAAGUCAAUGUUGAAAUUAAGAAGGACAUUAGAAAGUGCAUUAACGGUCAACACUGAAUUAGAAAGUCAAAAGGAAGGAAACGUUCAAUUCAUAGCGGCUUCUCAAAAGAAAACUCCACUUAAUCCCGAAGAGAUUGAUUUGAAUAUAUAA